AAUCAAUAAUCAUAGACUCCGAGAGAGAGAGAGAGAUAGAGAGAGAAAGAAACAUCAAAGAAGAGAGAGAAAGAGAAGAGAGAGAGAAAACGAAGACCCGUUUGAAUCGGUGGUUUCCUCUCCGAUCUCUUCCCAUGUCACCGCCGAUUCUCUUCUAACCAUUUCCGACGCCACCUCUUCCCUCUCUUCCCAUCCGAUCUCUCUCUCCCUCUCUCUCUCGGAUAUACCAUAACCCUUCUCUCACUUUCUGCCUUCAAAGUUUAGUGGUAAGCAUCGAUGGCGGCACCACCAGCUAGGGCUCGUGCAGAUUACGAUUACCUAAUCAAGCUCCUUCUUAUUGGCGACAGCGGUGUGGGGAAAAGUUGUCUGCUUUUGCGAUUUUCUGAUGGUUCUUUCACAACAAGUUUUAUCACCACUAUUGGCAUUGAUUUUAAGAUAAGGACCAUUGAACUGGACGGCAAACGCAUUAAGUUACAAAUAUGGGAUACUGCUGGUCAGGAGCGAUUUCGAACUAUUACCACAGCUUAUUACCGUGGAGCCAUGGGUAUCUUGCUGGUUUAUGAUGUUACCGAUGAGGCAUCUUUUAAUAAUAUUAGGAAUUGGAUUCGCAAUAUUGAACAACAUGCUUCUGACAAUGUAAACAAGAUACUCGUGGGAAACAAGGCUGAUAUGGAUGAAAGUAAGAGGGCUGUGCCUACUGCCAGAGGACAAGCUCUUGCUGAUGAGUAUGGUAUCAAGUUCUUUGAAACUAGUGCAAAGACAAACAUGAAUGUAGAGGAGGUUUUCUUUUCAAUAGCAAGAGACAUCAAGCAAAGGCUUGCAGACACAGAUUCUAAAACGGAGCCGCAGACUAUCAAGAUUAACCAACCAGAUGCCGGCGCUGGUGGUAGUCAACCUGCAGCAAAGUCAGCUUGCUGUGGUUCAUGAGAAGAACCAGCAUCUUCACUGCAGCAAGAGGGUGAAGGCUCUAUAGUUUCACUAAUGAGGUGCUAAAGUUAUAUUGAUGACAUUAUAAGUGGGAGCGUGUAUUUGUCCCCUGUAUUUCCCAACUGCAAAUGUCAUGUUCUAAAGUUAGUGUUUUAAAUUUCUUUUUCCUUUUUUUUUUUUACAAAUUUAGUUGGUGGAAUUUGUUGUGACUAGUUAAUUUGCUUCGGAUAGAUUAUCAGAAAUACUCUCUUUAACACUUUCAAAGUAUAUCACUCCAAGUGCUCUAA